ACUGAACAGCGCCAUCUGGUCACAGUUUUCGACGGGUCACAGAUUUCGGCACAACAGCGGUUUGGAGUAGAAGGUGAAAGAGCUGGUGGGUCGGCAUUUUGCGGGAACUCGGUUCGAUUGCUGGCGAGGCUGCGGCUGGAUUCUCGAGAAGAGAAGAGCGGGGCUCUGGCUAGAGUUGUUAGCAGAAGAGAUCUGAAGUCUAAUCAGCAGCAGAUGUUUGUCUUCAUCCCAUCACAGACUGUUGAUAACUGUACAUGAUGAGAAGAACCUUGAUGCUCUCAAAGAAGUAAAAACACCAAGCCGAGUCAAGUGUAUUUUAUUUUAUUAUUUGCUUCUUAAUCAAGAUGAGUUCCUGUAGUGCACAAAAGACACUUCAUAAAACUGAUAACACCACCCUUACAAAAAAAGGGAAAAAUCCGCCUGAUAUUUCUUUAGAUUAUGUAGUUGAGGAUUUGUUGUCAUAUUACAGCGGGUUUAGGUACUUUUGUUCCAUCGAAAACCAGAUUGAAAAGAAAUACAGCAUUAAAAAAGAGGACGGCAACUGCUGGCCGGCUGGCGAUAUCAAACGUGCCUGGGGGAAAACACAAAGAAUGAAUAAAAGCUCCAAAAGGAGAAAAUGCUGGGCUCUUGCGAUCACACUGCAGCUGUUAAAAAGGCAAAUGAGAAAUGAAGAUCUGAUGGAGAGUGGAAAUGUUGUUCAGAAAUGUGCCGAGUUGAGUUUGCAUGAGACAUCGGUCCAAUUAAAAGCUGAAAGAGAGAAUGGAAGAGAGGAUGAUAGUCUUCAUUUAAUUGAUGAUAUAAAGCUGCAGGGAGCUUCAGGGUCAGCUGUGCAAUGUGCUGGAUCUACACACCAACAAUAUAGUUAUUCAACGCAAACUCACAGUGUCAGUCAGGGCAAUGGAGUUCAGCAGAAUUGGAAUAAUUACAAUGCUUCAUAUGGACAGCCCCGAUAUGAUCAAAAUACAGCAUUACAAAGUCACGCAGCAGUAAACCCUUACAGAAGAGUUCCAACCAACUGCAUACCAAUCCCAGUCAUAAGAAUGUAUGGCAAUGAAGUGACACCAAAUGACUUUGUGACUGUUCUGACUGUUCUUCCAAAUACUGUCCCAUCCGCCUAUAAAUUAACAGAUGGACUUCCUUUCCGUCUUCAUGAAGGUAUACGUUAUUUCAAUACUGAAAUAAGGAGAAGAAAAUCAUAUGUCAUGUCAUUCGACAGUAGAACCAACAAUGCUGAAUGGGUGUAUGAGAUACUGAACCAGCAGACUUUGGUGAAAAAUUAUGUGCGGCAGGGAACUUUUGGAGGUGUCUAUGACAGAGGUCAUCUUGCUGCAGCUUCCAAUCACAUGUGGUGCAGGGAAGCCUAUGAGGACACUUUUCCGAGCGACAACAUUAUACCACAACAUAAGCAGUUAAACCGUGGCGUAUGGAGGACAUUGGAGAACUAUUGUCAAGAAAGCAGUGGUCUUCGCACUGUCCGUAAUGUCCAUGUGUACACUGGGCCAAUUUACAGAAAUAGAGGGACUGCUGUUACAUUGAAUGGGAAGAUAGUGCCAUCUGACGUCUUUAAGGUGGUGAUUGUGGAGAAUGAGGACGGGACAGUAAAUGUGCCUGAAUGCUUCCUGAUGCCCAAUUAGAGGCCUUGACUCUCACUGCUGGAAGCCUACAGAUCGGAUAUUAAUACAAUUCAGACACUCACCAAUCUGCAUUUCAUAGUAAAUACCCAAGAUACACUUACAGAUAAUAUAAUGACAGUGACAUCUUGGGGUUCAGAUGUAAAUGGAACACCUCAAAAUGCUCAAACAGAAGUCAGAAUAAGCCUAUUCUCAUAAGAAAACCAAAUGUAUUGAUUGUUUGCAUCUUGCAUGCAGAAUAUAUUGAUUCCCUGCAUCUGGUGUGCUCCGUCCACAAAUUGCUGUAAUAAAUAGUUAAUCAAUCUGAUAAUUAACAUUUUCCAGCAGUUUUUGAUUCAUUACAUUACAGCAACUCGAUCUCUCCUCUGGUACCUCUUCAAGCUGAGCAUUGACUUUUAUUGUAAUUCUCAGUGCUUAAAUGAUGGGUUGGUGGAUAUUAAAGAGCCCAUAUUAUACAUGAAAUAGGGUCAUAUUUAGGUUGUAAGGGUCUCCAACAACAGUCUAAUAUGCAUGCAAGGUCAUAAAACACUUUGAUGGUCUUAUAAUCUGCAUUUAUUUUUACCUAAUUAUCCCAACGACUCCCAUAUGAAUCGUUCAGCGAUUCAUUUGUUCCCAAACCCCUCCUCAGCGCGAAGCUAAUCUGCGCUGAUUGGACCGAUGACAGCCUGCUGCGAUUGGUCGACAGUGACAGGCUUCAGCACGAGACAGAGUGAAAUGCCCAGCUGGUAAUCAACAAUAUAAAAGUAGUCACAGUGCACACGCGCUUCAUAGUGUAAGGCUUUUUUCACACACACACACACACAACCCUCCUCAGAAGAACUGGGGGAAGCGACGCGAGUCUCUCUCUCUCUCUCUCUCUCUCUCUCUCUCUCUCACACACACACACACACACAACGCUCCUCAGAAAAACUAGGGAAAGCGACGCGAGUCUCUCUCUCUCUCUCUCUCUCUCUCUCUCUCUCUCUCUCUCUCUCUCUCUCACACACACACACAACGCUCCUCAGAAAAACUAGGGAAAGCGACGCGAGUCUCUCUCUCUCUCUCUCUCUCUCUCUCUCUCUCUCUCUCUCUCUCUCUCUCACACACACACACAACGCUCCUCAGAAGAACUAGGGAAAGCGACGCGAGUCUCCUAGCCUCUCCCUCUCCCUCUCUCACACACACACACACACAACGCUCCUCAGAAGAACUAGGGAAAGCGACGCGAGUCUCCUAGCCUCUCCCUCUCCCUCUCUCACACACACACACAACGCUCCUCAGAAGAACUAGGGAAAGCGACGCGAGUCUCUCUCUCUCUCUCUCUCUCUCACACACACACACACACAACGCUCCUCAGAAAAACUAGGGAAAGCGACGCGAGUCUCUCUCUCUCUCUCUCUCUCUCUCUCUCUCACACACACACACUCACACACACACACACACACACACUCACACACACACACACACACACACACAACGCUCCUCAGAACUAGGGAGAUCAACACGAGUCUCCUUUCUCCUAGCUUACGAUCGCCAUAGCAACGACAAACGGCAGUGGAACGCGAGCUCACAAAAGCCUUUAAUGUUAAAUCCGUAAACAAAGCGGCACGCGUCGCGUUUUUAACGUGGCUUACACGUGAUAAGAGAAUAUAAAGAGUAACCGCGUGUACUGUACCAGGUUAACAAGUAACAAAACACAAUAAAUACAUAAUUUGCAAGCUAGAGUAAACGAGGCAACAAUUUUAAAUCGCACUUACACUGCGUCAUCGCGAAACACCUAAUGACUCGUUAUCAAGACGACUCGUUUGAAGCACUAUGAGUCGACUCUUUUAUAGAUGAAUCAAUAGUUUUAAACACUGUACACUUACAGAUUUAAGCCUUAGCUGGAUAUUUCACUUCACUUAGAGCUGUGUGACACACUACAUGGAAGGGCAUUUUCAAAAACCCAUAAUAUGGGCUCUUUAAUGAAAGUUUAUUCAACACAAGUGAGAACAAUACAAGGAUUCAAAGAAACGAAAGAACAAAAAUAUGUAAAUAACAAUCGUUUAAAGUUUUAUGUGUAGUCAGAGACAAAGAGGAGAGGGUUUUCAUUGUUAGAAGUUAGCAGGACCUUCAGUUCCUGUUAGGUAAUCCUCAUUUAUAUAACAUAUUUAAUAACUCAAACUUAACACUUUCACAAGCUUCACAUUCGGUAUGGUUUCAAAGACGCCGAGCCCUUCCUCAAAACGCUCAGCUGCCUCUUUCACAUACAUAUAAGAUUGACCUAUGAGCUUCACAUACGUAAUAUAAAUCUCACAAAUAUGCAAACUGUAUAUUACAUAGCAGUCACUUACAAUAUAUCAAUAAUAUUAAAAAAAUAUUACAAAUGUUCCUAAUGUUUUUUUAUGGCUGUAACAAUAAUCAUCCUGUUGCUUCAAUAUGUAUGUACACUUAGUACUUCUAAACCACAAUGUGAGACCUUACAAGGCGUUUUACAGUGUUGCCAGUUGAAUUACUGUAGUAGAGCAGUAGCAGCGACUAACUGGAAAAACUGCUUACAGUUAUAUACUGAAAAUUACAGCGAGUAACUGGCAGGAGUGUUAGCAGGUAACUACUGUACUGUAGUGCUACUACUGCAUGAUACUGCACACACAUUAAUGGUAUGUCAUAUUUAGUUGUCAUUUGUAGGGUUAUUGAAAUGAAUCAAUAUUCAAUCAAUUAAUCAAUACAUUAAUCAAUAUAUAUAUAUAUAUAUAUA